UUGACGACACGUACAAGACUUGUAUGCCACCAUGGGUUUCCAAGACAGCCUUAUUGUCGCUGUUAGAAAUAACCCCGUGAUUUUCGACAAGACCAUGUCGAACUACAAAAACCUAAACGCCCGGGAAAUAGCCUGGAAGGCGGUGGGCAAGGAACUCAAAGUGAAAGAUGUAUUGAUGCUGAAACGGCGUUGGCGCACCCUACGCGAUGCGUUCAUCAAACAGUACCGCCUGUAUAAAUUAUACGAAUCCGGACAGACCCGCCAACAGAAAAGAAGGAAAUGGGGAUACUACGACCAAAUGCUCUUUCUAGCGCCUCACAUUGAAUCUAAAAGGCCAGCCGACAGCAGUUACCAGGAAGAAUCCUUGAACUACCAAUACUCCCAGAUGGCCAACUUAGACCUAGGGGAUGAGUCCGCCAACAUGGACUUCCACGAGGUAGAAAACUUUUCCGGUCAGAGCUCCAAUCAAGCGGAAACUGAUUUUAGGAAAUAUGACUAUCCCGUUGGUGACGGUUCCAAGCAACAGUACUUUGCUCCGGACGGAGACAAGCAGACCCAGUUGGUGGUCGUUCCAAAACAAGAUGCAGACGAACAGUUCAUGUUGAGCUGCGUGCCUAUUUUAAAGCGCUUGUCCACCAGGAAUAAUAUGCUGGCCAGGAUGCAGAUACAGAGUUUGCUGUUUAAUUUGGAGUUUGGCGAUAACGCUGAUGUUCCCGCUCAACGUUCUGAUGGCGCUGCUGGGCACGCAGCACAGGCUGUAAAAUGCGAAACAGUUGAGGUGUCGCCCCAGUCACCUACAGUGAAGAACGCGGUUGUUUUUACCAAUGCUUCGAAGAACACGCCCGACAAUAGCCAGCUGAUACCCUCAAAAGUCACUGAUACAAGUCCUUAAAUGAAAAUAAUUAUGUUUAUCUGUAUGUAACGAUAAUAAAUGUAUAUUUU